AUUUGGUUGUUUGUAACUAACUGAAACUUGAUAUUUUCCAGUGACUGCAAAUUGCAAAUUGGUUAUUUAUAAAUAACUGAAAUUUAGCACAAAAUUAGUUAUUUACCUAAUUUGGUCUGGACACGUAACCACGUAGCCUGUUUUCCCACUCAUUUCCUACGGUGCAUUGCAUGCUUCGAUUUCUCACCAUGCAACAUGGCUUCUGUUACAAUAAGUAGUCUAGCGUGACAUCGUAAUGUGUAGUUUGUCACGCAUUCCAGUUGUUAGUUGUUCUACCAUGUUUGGUCAAUAAAGAUCGUUCCUUGUUCACAGACUAAUGGCAUCCAUAUGUUGAAACAUGGUGUCAGAACAAAAGGGUAUUUUACGAUUAGCACCACGCUGGGAAAAAAGUAGGUCAAAUUCGGCCACGAACAGCCGGCGCGAGUAUUGGGUGACUUGGGUCAGCGGCCCAGCUCCAAAGUUAAACAAACCUGAACAAAGAUGGCGGACAAAAUGAACAUAUUUGUAGACACUGUAAGAAACGCUUUAGACAUUGCCGAAGCUGAACUCAGAGCGAAAGGAAUCGACCAGAGAGACAUAAAGGAUGCUUUUGAAGAAAUGAAAAUGUUGGCAGAAGCGGUCUCGAAGCGCUAUUUAAGCCGUGGACAAAUCGGUUUGAAACAUAUUGUUGGCGAUUUGUUUCCACUUGUCCGAAGACAGGCGAUGUACUGGAUAAAACAGUUCCAACGUCGGAUGUCCCCGAGAUGUGCUGUAAAGCAUCCAUGGCAAGUCAUCGUGGAAGAUAGAUUGCCAAUAGAGCUAUUUAACGUGCUUGAGAGUUUGGUAAGCCGCACAAAUUUUGGCCUUAUCACUGUGAAGACAAGAAAGAACUGUGUAUUUGCUUUUACAAGAGAGAGGCGCGUGAGAAAGGUGUUUAACGACCUAACUGACCAACAGCUGGGAAAAGAAAAUUUUUUAGCUCGCAAAAUAAAGGCUGACAAGCGGGUAGAAGCGAUUAUUUCCGAGGAAAAGCAAUUUGGGAUCAAGUAUUCCUAUGAAAAGGAGAUCAUAGCCAUUGACUUUUAUUAUGGGUUUUGGAAUGAGCAUGGUUGGCCCCAGCAUCAAUGAAUUUACAUAUGUU